AUGUCUGCAAGAAGUCUAAAAGCUUUGGCUCAGUCCAUACUCGCCAACGCCGAGAAGUUGGAGAGCUAUUUCGAGACCAACAACCUUCCUCAACCCUCAUUCGACGAGCAUGCUCCGGCUGAACUUCCUCUAUCGAGCGAGAUGUUGGUCGUCCGGCGUCAGGCAGUGGACGAUGCGAUCGAGUUGCACGACUUGUUGAUCGGACCUGCCAUGCUAUUACGUCCUGUUCUCAAUGGGACUUCUCUCCAAGCAAUCUGGGAGUUUGAUAUCCCUUCGAAAGUACCACUCGACGGAUCGAUCUCUUUCCAAGACCUCGCGAAGAAAGUCCCUCUGAAGCAAAGUGACCUUCAACGAAUGCUGAGAUUCGCAAUGGUGUACCAUCACAUCUUCCAAGAGAAGACCCCUGGGAUCGUCUCUCAUACAGCAGCCUCACGACUACUUGUGGAAGAUCGGAAUGCUCGAGCUGGCCUUGGAUUCAUGUUCGACGAAUGCUACCAAUCCUUUGCACACACCAUCGAGGCGAUUAAAACCCGUGGGGCUGAAGAGCCAGGCGAUAGUGGUUGGGCAGUCUCUCGGGAAGUCAACGUCCCACUCUGGGAAUACCAUACAACUCACCCGGAUUUGGGAGAACGAGCUUCCGGUGCCAUGGUAGCAUUCACAAAAGGCUUCAAUCUCGAUACAAGAGCCCUUACCAAUGGCUACGACUGGUCUACAAUCGGUACUCUUGUCGACCUCGGUGGAGCAAACGGUCAUGUAGCUGUGGAUCUUGCCCGUGCGAAUCCAAACCUCCGCUGUAUCGUCCAAGAACUUCCAGAAAUCGUCGAGAAAGCGAAGAGUGAAAUUCCAGCCGAUAUGGCGGAUCGAGUCUCUUUGGUGCCUCAUAGCUUCUUCGAUCCCCAGCCAACACAGGCAGAUGCAUAUCUCUUCCGACAAAUAUUCCACAAUUGGAGCGAUGUGUACGGUUUGAAGAUACUGAAGGCACUGGUCCCAGCAAUGAAGAAAGGAGCGAAAGUCAUCAUCAACGAUAACAUUGUCCCGCCUCCUGGAGUAUUACCCCCAAUGCAGGAGAGAGCUGUGAGAGCAAUGGAUAUGAUCAUGUUAAGCUUGUUCAAUUCCAGGGAGCGAGAAAAAAGUGACUGGGAGAACCUUUUCGCAGAAGCUGAUCCUAGAUUUUCGGAUGUGAAGGUCUGGACGCUGAAGGGAUCACAGUUGGGUCUGGUGGAGGCUACGUGGAGCGGAUGA